UUGAUUUCAUUUUGCCCGAAAACUUUAUUGCCAAGGAUUUCAUUUUAUUUUAUAUAUGGUUUUGCCAGAUUUGAAUAUGACUCUUUGGAAACAGAAUAAACAAAUAAUUUUCUACGUACAUGCAAAAUCUCACAGAUAUGCAAAGAUCUCUCUCGAUAUCAUAAUUUCCCUCUCUUUUUUCCUUUUUCCACUCUUCCUUAUAAAUCCCUAACCUCCACUCCAAAUCCUCCAUCACGUUUGCAAAAUCAUAUAUACACUCAUAUUCUCUCUCCCUAUCUAUUGAGAUCCUUUGUUUCCAGAGAUCGUUGAUAUGGCGGAGGUUAUGCGUUCUGAGACCUUAAACAUAUCCAACAACACUUCUUCCUUAGCAUCGCCAGAGCUUCUUCAUGUUCUCGCCGUUGACGAUAGCAUCGUCGAUCGGAAGUUCAUCGAACGGCUACUCAGAGUCUCUUCGUGUAAAGUUACUGUUGUCGAUAGCGCGACAAGAGCUUUGCAAUACCUUGGAUUAGAUGGAGACAACAACUCAGUUGGAUUUGAGGAUCUCAAGAUUAAUCUGAUAAUGACGGAUUACUCUAUGCCUGGGAUGACUGGAUAUGAACUACUUAAGAAGAUCAAAGAAUCAUCAGCUUUCAGAGAAAUUCCAGUUGUCAUUAUGUCCUCAGAGAACAUCUUGCCUCGUAUUGAUAGAUGUCUCGAAGAAGGUGCUGAAGAUUUCUUACUGAAGCCUGUGAAAUUGGCUGAUGUGAAAAGAUUAAGAGAUUCUUUGCUGAAAGCUGAGGAACGAGUUUUCAAGAACAUUAUGCACAAAAGAGAGCUAGAAGCUAAUGAUAUCUUCUCACAGCUAAAACGCGCAAAGAUCUGAGUUUUUCUUUUCAUAUUCCAUGAUAUGAUCUUACAAAAGCUCCUGUAUAAAAGGCUCAAAACGAUUCACACACACUUACGCAUGUUCUGAUUCUUUCGGCUUACGUUUUUGGAACUUUAACAGCCUUUUUGCUGAUAGAACCAGUGAGGACUGAUGGAGGUUUUUCUCUCAUUAAAUAGAAAUGUAAAUUUUAGACCGAAGGAAAUUGAGAUUCAUUCGAGAUGA